UUGCCUUUAACUCGCGCCUGCGCAGUCCUGUGCGUCUGACCUUCAUAGGAGUAACCAUGUUCGCCAGGACCAGCGCGUUGGUGUUCUCCCCACAAUGUGGGCAGGUCAGGAACAUGGCCACCUUGAAGGACAUCACCAUCCGGCUGAAGUCCAUCAAGAACAUCCAAAAAAUCACCAAAUCCAUGAAGAUGGUGGCCGCUGCCAAGUACGCCCGUGCUGAGAGGCAGCUGAAGCCCGCCAGAGUCUACGGCACCGGCGCUCUCUCUCUGUACGAGAAGGCCGAGAUCAAUGUCCCGGAGGAAAAAGCCGCCAAGCACCUGCUCAUCGGCGUGACUUCUGACCGUGGACUCUGUGGAGCCAUCCACUCCAACGUCGCCAAGGCCAUCAAGAGCGAGAUCGCCAUUCUGACCGGAGCCGGGAAGGAAGUAAUGGUGGUCAAUGUGGGGGACAAGCUGAGAGGUAUACUGCACAGAACUCAUGGAAGCCACAUCAUGCUGAACUGUAAGGAGAUGGGCCGUAAGCCCCCGAGCUUCGCCGACGCCUCAAUCGUCGCCACCGAGCUGCUGAACUCCGGAUACGAGUUCGACAAGGGAUCCGUCAUCUUCAACAGAUUCAGGUCCGUGAUCUCAUACAAGACUGACAGGAAGCCUCUGUACUCCGACGAGUCCGUCGCUAACGCAGAGAGCAUGGGCGUGUACGAUGACAUCGAUGCUGAUGUGCUGAGGAACUACCAGGAGUUCGCCAUGGUCAACAUCAUCUAUCUGGCUAUGAGGGAGUCCUCCACCAGCGAGCAGAGCGCCAGGAUGACCGCCAUGGACAGCGCCAGCAAGAAUGCCUCUGAGAUGAUUGACAAGCUGACCCUCACUUUCAACCGUACCAGACAGGCCGUCAUCACCAAGGAGCUCAUUGAGAUCAUCUCCGGAGCCGCCGCUCUAUAAACGGGUGAACUCUUCGUCUCCUCUGCCUCCAGCUCUUCAGAGUACUUCAGACCGGUGUCGUCGAGAGUCUAUGAACAUUUGUGCUUCUAUUUGUAAAAUAUAUAAGGAGAAUAAACCUCUCACUGAUUCCUCA